UCUUUGAUCGUUUUCAGUAGCAGUCGUAAUCGUGUUUUGAUAUAUGAUCUUAUGCUUGGCGAUCCGUGUGAUGAGUCGUUCCAUGAGAAUUUAUAGUACAGGACAGUAAUUGUCUUGGUUAGUGGAGGAUGACUUGACUUCCAAAUUUUCCAGUCUGUUGAUUGAAAGUUCCUCAAUCGUUUGAAUUCUCCACUACAUAUCAUGCACAUUAAUUCUUUAUCUUCUGUACUUCUUUUCCUAUUAUUGUCUUAAAUCGCUUCUGGUGUGGAGCAAGGGACCUUUGUUAGAACUCGUCGCGGUAAUCGGUUCAAGAGGAACUGUUCGCCUCAUGAAACUUACAAAACUUGGUGUGAUUUAGGGCCACAAGAAACAACAAAUUAGAUGCUGAGUGAAAUAGAAGAAAACGAUCUACUCACUGCACCUGGUUUGUAUCAAACGAUAGACUGGUAGGAUCUGUUUCAGCAUGCUAUGUAGCUUGAAAAGUAGGAGCACUCUUCAUUGCUUUGCUGAAAACCGUUGUACCUGCCUCACUAGCUUUCAUCCCAAUUAAAAGCAAUAGAACCUUUCCAUCCGAAAUUCGCCGUCAUUUUUCAUAAUCAACACGUCAGUAAUGCCCUUGGCUAGCAGUCUUGCCACUCCUUUUUUUUUCGGAAUAGGUGUGACACUUGAAACGCAGUAGGUCUAUGCAAGUAUUUGAUGUCUUAUUUCUUACACCGUCAUCCGGUUUUGUAUUGUACAUUGGAUUCCGCGCAUUGAACUUCUCCAUCGUUCAGUAUACUUUCCUGUAAAGUUGAAGCUCUAAUCUCUUCAAUCCCGUCAAGUUUAGAGACUGCGACACUAAGAAGCCAACAGAGGAAUGGGAGAUGAAGGCAUAUCCCGUGGUCGUGGAGACCACAAAAGACAGGCGGUUAAGUUUCAUAAACGCACAUUUACAGAUGAGGGCCUCGGAGGAGUAUUUACAACCAGUGAGUCAACCAACAAUUGGCGAAUGCAUCAUGGAUGAAGGAUUUAGCGUUAAACUACCGGAAAAGUUGAGCACUGGGAAAUGGAACGUUCAUAGAUCAGCGCUGUCUCCCCUUAACCUUAAGGAUCGUUGGCCUGAACACCCAGAGAUUCGAACGUUGCACGACAACUUUAUGUACGCUAAGGCUGCCUUUGCAGAGAACAAAUGUUUGGGAACUCGUAUCCAAGAUGAUGAUACAGUUGGCCAUUAUAGAUGGAUGACUUACGGCGAGGUAGGGAACGCACGGACUGCAAUUGGAUCAGGUCUUGUUCAACAUGGCAUCCCUAAGGGCUCACGUAUAGGAAUAUAUAUGAUCAAUCGAGUGGAAUGGGUCAUCUCAGAACUAGCAUGUGCAGCUUAUUCUUAUGUUUCUGUUCCACUGUAUGACACCCUUGGGACUGAUGCUGUUACGUAUAUCGUUAACCAUGCGGAAAUCGCUGCUGUGUUUUGUACUCUAGACAAAAUACAAAAUCUAUUGAGUUACAUUGCAGGGCUCCCAAGUUUACGGCUUAUUGUGGUAGUGGGAGGAGCUGAGAAAUUAUUGCCUUCACUCCCACCCCAGUUGGGGAUUGAAGUCGUGACUUAUUCUCAACUUAAAGCUCAGGGUAUAGCAGAUCACCGAGAAUUUGUGGCAUCGAAGCCGCAUGAUUUAGCUACUAUAUGUUACACAAGUGGUACAACUGGCGUUCCUAAGGGAGCAAUGAUAUCUCAUUACAAUCUUAUUGCAAGUGCUGCUGGGAGUAGUCAAAUUACGCUCUUCUAUCCUUCUGACGUGCACAUCUCUUACUUGCCACUUGCCCAUAUUUACGAGAGAAUGAACGUUCUCAUCAUGCUGCAUCAUGGUGUGGCAAUUGGGUUUUAUCAAGGAGAUAUUUUGAAGUUGAUGGAUGAUAUGGAGACGCUGAAGCCCACAAUAUUAGCCAGUACACCAUGGCUGUACAAUCGUAUUUAUGACAAAAUCACUGGUACAAUAAAGGCUUCGGGUGGGCUUCGUGAGAAGCUAUUCAACGCUGCCUACAAUGCAAAGAAACAUGCACUCGAGAAAGGAAAAUCUCCCUCACCAAUCUGGGAUCGGUUAGUUUUUAGCAAAGUGAAGGCAGCUCUUGGGGGGCGGGUUCGUAUAAUAUUAUCAGGCGCAUCACCAAUAUCCCCAGACAUACUAGAGUUCUUAAGAAUAUGUUUCGGCGGUUUUGUUUCUGAGGGCUAUGGAAUGACGGAGACUUCAUGUCUUAUUACUGGCACUCAACCUGGGGAUUACUUAUAUGGUCACGUUGGAUCACCAAGCCCAUCUUGUGAGGUGAAGCUCGCUGACGUUCCGGAGAUGGAAUAUACAAAUUACGACAAGCCUUACCCGCGAGGGGAGAUCUGUGUUCGAGGCCCUACCCUCUUCAAAGGCUACUACAAAGAUGAAGUUCAAACACGGGAGAUUUUUGAUGAAGAUGGAUGGCUACAUACUGGCGACAUCGGGUGUUGGUUGCCAGGUGGUCGACUCAAAAUCAUUGAUAGAAAGAAGAAUAUCUUCAAGUUGGCUCAGGGAGAGUACAUUGCGCCCGAGAAGAUUGAGAACGUCUACCUGCGAAGUCGGUUCAUUGCACAGUGCUUUAUUCAUGGUGAUAGUUUCAACGCGAAUCUUGUAGCUGUUGCUGUUAUUGAUCCAGAGAACUUACCUGCCUGGGCGAAUUCGAGGGGUAUAGAGCAUGCAGAUGAUUUGAAGCAGCUCUGUGAUGAUCCCGUUGUUCGAGCAGCUGUGCUUGCGGAUAUGGAUGCUGUUGGUCGCGAAGCAAAGUUGCGGAAGUUUGAAUUUGCCAAAGCUGUAACAUUGAAAGUCGAGCCUUUCACAGUCGAAAAUGGACUGCUUACACCCACACUCAAGGUGAAGAGGCCACUAGCUAAGGCUCACUUCGCAAGGGCCAUUGCUGAGAUGUAUGCUGAGAUUGCAGCUAAGGAGGAAUCUCAAUAGCCACAGCAAUCUAUCAAAUUGUAAGUAAUUUUUUAUGCCACACUUAACACUUCACAAUGUUGUUGUCUCAUCAGCGAUUGAACAGGCAUGAAUGAGGUAGCACAGCAGUGCACGCUUUGUGAACUGUUCCAAUUUAGAAUAGUAUAAAAUUGAAAGGCAUUCACGUCUCAUGUAUAUAUAAAGACUUACAUUUUUAUCCACCCAGGUCUAUUAAAAACAUUUGUUCUAA